GUGUUUCCGGAAGACGUGGCUGUUGUUGCAGUGGCAGCUGUCAUCCAAAUUAUUCUUAUAGGUGUACUUGAAUGCUACUUCAAUACUUGUUUCUAUUUUAUCUUCACACGUGUAUUCGGCGUCAAUAUGAUUUCGCUAACGGACUCCCAAAAGAUUGGAAUGGGGUUAACGGGCUUCGGCGUGUUUUUCCUCUUCUUCGGGAUGAUCUUGUUCUUUGACAAAGCACUCCUGGCUAUUGGAAAUAUCCUGUUUGUUGCUGGACUUUCCUUUGUCAUCGGGCUGGAGAGGACCUUCCGCUUCUUCUUCCAGAAGCACAAGAUGAAGGCCACUAGCUUCUUCCUGGGAGGUGUGUUAGUGGUGCUGAUCGGCUGGCCCAUCAUCGGAGUUGUGCUGGAGAUCUACGGCUUUUUCCUCUUGUUCAGGGGUUUCUUCCCAGUUGCAGUCGGCUUCAUCAGAAGAAUACCCGUCCUGGGCUCCAUCCUGAACCUGCCCUUCAUCAGUGCAGUAUGUAUGAGCAGCACUGCAGCAGCUCUGCAGCUCUGCUUUGUUUACGCGCAGCACGGUACCAGGAGGAAGCUCCUGUGUAUUAAUCACCACAGAUUACCAAACUGCUCCGAUCCAAUGACAGCUCAGCUCCUGCACAUCACAGCUGCUUUAAUACGACGGUGCUGUCUGGAUUAGUAAUACUGCCUGUGAAUGUAGUUUAACCUCAACAUCUGAGAAUACAUCUGAACAACAGAAGGUCGUUUGUGAAAUAGAGUGAUGUCAGGUCGUCUGGGUUAAUCAGAAGCAGCUGUUGCAGCACCGCGUUAGUUUGUGGCUGAUGGACGUGCUCAUCCAUGCUGAUGUGUGGGAAGCUCUGUUGUGAGGUGACUGUCUCUCUUCUGUGUUUUACUAAAGCCUUCGUAAGGCUCUGAGGACGAUCAGCAGUCGUGGUCAGUCACUGCCCAUCCCCCUCUGCAUGCUAACAUAUUAAUACGCUUUACCAUGUUCAGACAGCCAGCAGCUCAUGGUAGAAGGGACAUGGACGUUUGUUUGGGGAGCUGGGUUUUAAUCUUCAUUUAUUCAUUUGGCUUUAAAGGCACACACUGCAGCUAAACCAGAUUCAAUUACUGAUGUGAAGCCAAGUCAUCUAAUAAUACUUCCAACAUGUUGGCAGCCUUUUCUCAUUGGUUUUCUUUUUCUUUGAGAGUUUGUGCGUGGAGAGGGAACAUUCAUCUGUGUUUGAUGACAUAGUGACUGGUGAUCUCCUAUAGACAUAUUAGUGGCAUGAUCUCUAACCAUGUUCAUAGAGCUUCUGCUCUUACUGUAUAUUUAAGUGGACGAUGCAGCAGAGCUUCUAUCUUGCUGUUGCCGUGGCCAGGCCUCCCGUUCACAGAGCGCUUUGACUUCAUUCUCACUUGGCUGAGUAGAACUCUGAGCUUCCUCCGCUCUAACAGACACUACAACCUGCAGAGUUAGUGCGCUGCUGAGAACAGUGUGCACAACACAACAACACGCAACACAACAACACACAAUGUGAGACCGAUGCAUGCAACACAAUGAAAUGAUACAAAUGUAAUCAAAUAGAAUGAAAAGCUAAAAUGAGAUUAUUACAACUCCAAUAGAAUAGAAUAAGUGAUAAAUACAAUAACUAUACAACGGAGUGAAACUGAACAACUUAAAUUCAAUCAAAUGGGUGAAUAAAUGAUUUGAAUGUUCAUUAAGCUGAAUAGGUUUAAAAGGUGCUUCUAGCAGCUCUCAGAUGCUCAGCCACUCUGUUCCAGCGGCUCAAAGCUUAACACCUAAAGCUUCCUCACCAAAGCUUUCAGUGCUGCACUCCGGCUCACACACUGUUAGCAUGUGAGACGUAUAUAUGUCAGAGCAACAUCUAAAUCAAUAUGGAAACUGACAGGCAACCAGUGUAACGUGUGCUCAGCACUCAGACUGCACAUCUAUAACUAUCAUAACUAGAGCAUUACAGUAGUCCAGAGAAGUGGUCGCACGUUAGCAAUAUUCUUUAGGCGAUCAAACAGAUUGAGUGGCAUACCCCACAUGAGCCCUGAGGUUCAGAGCCAGGUUUCUCUCUGAGCUUUAGACUAAAAUGUGACUUUUAUCCUGGUUGAGCUGUUAAACGCUUUUCAACAUCCAAACAUGAACACAAAUACAUUUAAAAGGGGAAUCAAUUGGUCCUGUGUCAUCAGGAGACACAUCUGCAUAACUAUGGGAAGAGAUCGCGUGUCUCCUGAUGACAUCACCGAGUGGUAACAUAUACAGUUUAACAAGAAGUGGCCCUAAAUCAAUGCUUGGCGGUCGGGGAGGUUUUGGAAAGGUUAUCGAUGGAAACAAGCCAGAGAGAUGAGAGGGAAACCAGCAACCGAUGGUCCAGUGUGAUCCCUCAGUCUAUACAGAUGUGUAGUGAUCAGCUGUGCUCAGAUGGAGUAGUGCCAACGCUGAAGAUGUAUCCUCAUGUCAUUGACUACCUUUACUGGUCUCAGUGCUAUGAUUAGCCCAAAGUAACAGUUUUCAAAAUAAAACCACAUGAAACUAAAUUGUCAAAUCCACAGUCAGGUUUUAUUUAAUAAGAUAACAUUGUAAUAACAUUGUAAUAACAGCUUGCUCAGCCCUGGGGUUCCCAGUCCUCAAACGCUGAGUCACAACAGUUUGCUGUUGGUCAACAGUGCAGAUUCAUAGUUCACCAUGAAGCUCGCCAUUGAACACUGCGUGUCCUUUCAGAAGAAGCAGCUUCACUCCAUCAUGGCCGCUCUACGUACUGAUGUCACCAGGCCUUUGAUUUGUAGACACUGAUAUUGUUUGUUUGUUGUUUUGUGAGAUGUUGAAAUUAAAACGUCUUCAUCAAACAAUGUAUGUUAUUAUUAGUUAUUCCACAGAAAUCUGCACUUCUCUAGUUAUUUAUUUCUUGGUUUCUUUGGUAGAGAUGUUGAAUAUCAAUCAAACAUCACUGUAACUACAGCAGCGUUUUCAUCUCUUGGUCAGGUCCCAUGACAGAUGUUACAAAGUCACCCUAAAAAACAGAAUAUAAGAUUCAAAUGACAGCGAUGCAUAAUUGAUCCUUUCUAAGAAGAGAGCAUAUUAACAUGAGUAGGAACAUCAUUCAGGACACCCUCAUCCCUCAUACUACAUAUAUACCUCACUAUAUAUAAUGACAGAAUUUCAAUGAAAUACUGUGAAUCAUUGCUAAAUUGGUAAUAACAAUACAAGCAGCAAUGGCAGGAAGUGAUUCCGUCCGUGGUGUGUCCCUUAAGUCAUGCAUGCUUCCAUCACUGCUUCAGGGUAGUGGGCAGGUCCUGCUGUGUGCACCAGAGAAGCUGAAGAGCAACCAGUGACACUAAACAUGCUUUCUCUC